AUGUCCAUCGUAGCCGAACGUUCUCAUGAUACCAAAGAAAUUUACGAUUCAAUCGCCGAACAAUAUGUAGAAUUCAAAAAAGCUCCAUAUCGUACAGCUGUCGAACAAUAUACGUUCUUCGAUUUGAUGUUGUUGAAGAACGAACGUGAACGUGGCAAAAACGCACGUAUUCUAGAUUUAGCUUGUGGUGAUGGACAUUACACGCGCAAAUUACGAGAUUUGUUUCCGGAUGCAUCGUAUCUAUGCGGAUUAGAUAUCAGUUCAUCCAUGAUCGAUAUUGCUAAACAACGUGAAAUUGAGCAUCCAAAAAAUAUCGAUUAUAUUUGUGCCGAUGGUAAAGAUUUGCCUCCUAGCGAAACACCCUAUGAUAUAAUCACUGCUAUCUAUUAUUUGAAUUACGCUCAAACACAUGAAGAUCUUCGUGCGAUGAUCAAAGGUGUUUAUGAUCAACUUAAGCCAGGUGGAUCAUUUUAUUCAAUGAAUGAAAAUGUUCGUAGUCCCAUGGAUGGAUUUAAUAAUCCAAUGCACAAGAAGUACACGUUCUAUCGAGAAUAUUCAGGUGAUAGUUUGCGUGCAGGUCAACCUAUCAAAUAUACAUAUUAUUGGGAUGUUAACACGCCUUCGAAAUGUGUUUUUUUCAAUUAUUAUAUGCCUCCUUCGACUUAUGAAGAUUUAUUUAAAGAAUGUGGCUUUUCAUCGUUCGAAUGGGUUCCAGUCCAAUGCAAUCCAAAAAUCGAUAAUGUCUCGUUCUUCGACGAUCUUGUUCGUUUACCUCAUGUCAUCGGAAUUAUUGCCAAGAAAUGA